AUGAUUUCCAAUACUCAGACUGCCGCGACAUUACCAUGGGAACAUUGGCCUGUCCAUAACAGAGAACGCUCAAUAUACACUUUUCCUCCUUCCCCUUCCUCUACGAUCGCAGCUGCUACUACAGCUGCUACAACUAAUCUGAGAGAAUCGACGUAUCAAAGAAUGAGUCUCGCAGCGGCCCGAAAACCGCUCCGCGAUUUUCUGAGUCCACUUCAGACGUCUGACGCGCAGUUGUAUGACGUCGCAUGCUCGUUUUCGCAUGUCUUUCGCGAUCUGGCGGCUAAUAACGGCGAUAUUGAUGAUGAAUCGUUUAGUCCCGUGCCUGUCACGAGGUUACCAGUGGGAAAGGAACAUGGUCGUUAUUUAGCCGUUGAUGUGGGUAUUACAACCUUGAAAGUCGCGUUUAUCGAGUUAUUGGGAGAAGAUGAGAAUAAAGGUUACCCCUAUACGCGGCCGAGGUCGAUGAGCAACAUGAUUCGCCAAGUGGGACAUUCGCGCGUACGCAGAACGCUCGAAAAGGCGUGGCGGAUUGAGGAGCGGUUGAAGCAGGAUGAGCCACAUGAGCUGUUUUUGUGGAUUGGGAAUUGUAUUGCGGAGGUGGUCAAGGAUGAUUUGCUGUCGAAUGCAGGCUCUGAUGUUGAGCAGCCGGCGUUUAUUGAGACGGGAAUUGCGCUUGGGCUUCCUAUCAGGCAAGACUCGCUGGAAGCAGCUACAUUAAUGCAAACCGGCAAGGGAUUCACAAUUGGCACAGACCUGGAUCUGAGACAAUCCAUCCUCCAAGGCUAUGAACGACAUACACGUCGCCGUUCUGAUAGUGAGGAUGAAGAAACGACGAGAGCAGCAAAGAGGCAACGACACUAUAUCUUGCCGCAACUCAAGAUUAUUGCUCUUACAAACGACGCAGUUGCGACGCUACUCUCCCUCUCGUAUUCUAUUAAAUCAUACCCCAACAGCCGCGUCGCGAUGGGCAUUGUCCUCGAUGAAGGAUGCAACGCAACUAUACCCAUGACUCUUUCAGACUUGCAUCCUUCAAAGGGUCGGAAUAUUCUGAGCCAGGAACCUACAGCGGCGCAAACGCUUGUCAGCACUGAGUGGACAUUAUACAGCGCCUCCGCGCCGCUACGAGAGCACGGAAUACUCACAAAAUGGGACUUGCUACUCGAUGCACGAUCCACGAGACCAGGGUUUCAACCAUUGGAAUACAUGACUGGUGGUCGAUAUAUAGGCGAGCUCAUCCGGAUAAUCUGCCUCGAUUAUUUCGUGAAUGUGCUAGGCAUUGCAGAGAAAUAUCUACCCUCGCCACUUACUCAAUCAUACGCUCUACGAACAGAAACGAUUAUCAGCAUCAUUUCAGCCCAGUUACCGCUUCAAACACUCGUCAAUACACUCAAUCACUCCCAUGCGACAACAGCGGCGGCAGCAGGGAACAUAGACUUCCUCCCCCCACCACCUUAUCCGACAGAAUGGUCCUGGACCAUCGAAACAGCCAACGCCCUGCGCGAAACCGCGCAGAGUGUCCAAACACGUUCCGCAGCACUGGUCGCAGCCGCCACCGUCGGCCUCCUAGCCUCAAACCAUGAAGUCUCUCUCCAAGACCCCAACAUCCCUUCUUCCAUUUCUGCCAGUCAGUUCAGCAUUGAGACGCAGUUCCUGAGCACUUCGCCCUCGAAAAGCUUCCAUGAAUUCAGCUUCGGCUUGCCAUCGUCAUCAUCAUCCAAAAUUUCAGCGGGUGGUGGUGGCGGUAAUGAUGGUAGGAGGCGAGAUUGGUUCGGCGGCCCUGAGGAAUUGGUGGUUGCGUGCAUCGGAGGCAUAAUACAGCAUUAUCCGAAUUACAAAGAGAAUUGCCAGCGGUAUAUUGAUAGGUUAUUGAUUAAGGGUGGGCCGCAGGAGGGUGGGAAGAGUGUGUUUUUGAGGGAGGCAACGGAUGGGGUUAUAAUUGGUGCUGGGGUCUUGGCUGGGAUGUUUUCGGCGUAG